UAUGAUUCUUCCUCUGGGUAUUAGAAACAAUGAUGAUGGGAAAAAAUGCAAGUUCUGAAGGCUACUUUGUUCUACUGGGUUUUUCUCAUUGGCCUCAUCUGGAAGUAGUUCUCUUUGUGCUUAUCUUGAUGUUCUACUUGACGACAUUGAUAGGCAACCUCUUUAUCAUUGUCUUGUCAUGCCUGGACGCCCAUCUCCACACUCCCAUGUACUUCUUCCUCUCAAACCUCUCUUUUCUGGAUCUCUGCUACACCACCAGCUCCAUCCCUCAGUUGCUGGUCAAUCUCUGGGGCCCAGAAAAGACCAUCUCUUAUGCCGGUUGCAUGACUCAACUUUACUUUGCCCUUGCACUGGGAACCACAGAGUGUGUCCUCCUGGUGGUCAUGUCCUAUGACCGUUAUGCAGCUGUCUGUAGACCCCUGCAUUACACUGUGAUCAUGAACCCUCGUUUCUGCCACCUGUUGGCUGUGGCUUCCUGGGUCAGUGGCUUUACCAACUCAGCACUUCAUUCCUCCUUUACCUUCUGGGUCCCCCUCUGUGGACAUCGCCAAGUGGACCAUUUCUUCUGUGAAGUUCCAGCACUGCUGCGAUUAUCGUGUGUUGAUACCCGUGCUAAUGAGCUGACCCUCCUGAUCACGAGCUCCAUUUUUGUUCUCAUACCACUCAUCCUCAUUCUCAGUUCUUAUGGCGCCAUUGCCUGGGCUGUGCUGAGGAUGCAGUCAUCAGCUGGACUUCAGGGAGUCUUUGGGACAUGUGGAGCCCAUCUUAUGGUUGUGUCCCUCUUUUUCAUUCCAGCCAUGUGCAUAUAUCUGCAGCCACCAUCAGAAAGUUCUCAAGAUCAAGGCAAGUUCAUUGCCCUCUUUUAUACUGUUGUCACACCUAGCCUCAACCCUCUAAUCUACACUCUCAGAAACAAAGAUGUAAGAGAAGCAGCAAGGAGACAAGUGGGUCUAGAUUGGGAGAUAUGA